AAAGUUUGCAAAGGCUUUUUGAUGUUGAUUUUCACCUUCAGAGCUUUCGGAUGUUUAGGCAAAUGAACGAUAUCAGAACAAUCCGUUCAAGCAACACACUGCAGUACUCUUUGUCUCCAUCUCCUCCGGUUUUCAGAGCUGUGCUGCUGCUUUACGUGCUUGCCCUGUUAUUAAAUGGUGCUUCUUCUCAGAAAAAGUCUAAAAGAAAAUCAAAAAAAGGAAAGCGGGUCAUCUUGGAUGCAUCUCUGAACCUCACAAUGAACGUCCCUCUGUCUCCAAGCAGAUCUUUGUCACCAUGGACAUACGAAGAAUCCUGGGACAAUUCCCGAAUCCCAUCGAAAAUCUCAGAGGCAAAAUGUGAAAAAAAAAGCUGUUUAACCAAAGAUGGUAAAGAAGACUUCGGACUGGAAUCUAAACCCAUCUACUACCAGAUCAACGUCUUGAGGAGAGUGAAGAACAAAAAUGCUAUACACUAUGCCCUUAAACUAGAAACUAAAAUAGUUAGUCUGGGCUGUACAUGUGUUCUACCCGUUGUUGUGCCUCAGAAUUAGUUCUAUACUGUACUCUUACUAUAUUAUAUAUUGUGUAUAUCUAUAUUGUUGCAUUAAUCUGCCUACAGGUACAGCGAACUUCUGUGGCAUUGAUCAGCUUUGUAUUUAUUGUCUUGAUGAAUAAAAUAUAUUGUAACAUU